CUAAUUAAAUGUCUAAUAAUACACCCUUUUAAGUAUAUCUUAGAGUGAAGCCCUUGUUAGAUAAUAGGUAAUAAUAUUUACAAUUGCUAGUCAAGACACUAUAAUUUAAGAGUUAGAUGAGAGGAGAAUAGUGAUAACCAAAUAAGGGAGAAACAAUAAAGAGUUUCAUUUUGAUCGUAUAUUCAAUAACGAAAACAAUGCUUAAAUCUUUUCUGAGAUUCUGUAGGUAUGUUUUCAAAUAUCUAAGGGGUCAGAAUAAUAUAAAUUAUUUCCUUGAAGGUUACAAUACAACUAUUCUGGCUUAUGGUAUAACAGGAUCUGGGAAGACUCAUACAAUUUUUGGGAAUGAGAAAGAUGAAGGACUGGCAUUUUAAUGUUUGAAUUAUUUGGUUGAAAAAACAAAGUAAUUAAGAGACUAGAUUUUAGUACUUUGGAAAAUGCCUUAUUAGAAGUGAGUUUUAUUGAGAUAUAUAAUGAGACAAUAAGGGAUCUCUUAAAUACUAAUUAAAAAUCAUUAGUAAUUAUGUAGGAUAGUUAAAAAGGAUAAUAUAUAUCUGGAGUAUAGUAAAUGGUUUGUAAGAAUUGUGAAGAGGUAAAAGAUGUUUUAAAUCUUGGAAAUUAAAAUAGAAGUCUGGCAUAGACAAUUUAUAAUGUUUCAUCUUCAAGAUCCCAUGCUGUUAUUCAAGUAAACUUAUCAUAUAAAAUUGAAAAGUAAUAUUAUGAUAAAUAAAAUUUCUAGUUAAAUUUUAACUCCAAAAUUGUUCAUUGUAGAUUUGGCAGGUUCUGAAAAAGUCUAUUUAGAAUAGAAGUCUAAAAAUUAAUAAGAAGGAUCUAAUAUAAAUAAAUCAUUAUUGGCAUUAAGUCAUUGUUUAACAAUGUUGUCAGAUAAAACAAAGAAAAAUUAGCAUAUUCCAUAUAGAAAUUCAAAAUUAACUAGACUCUUAUAAGAUUCUUUAGGAGGAAAUACAAAAACUAUUAUGAUAGCAUGUGUAUAAUAGAAUAAGCAAUCUUAUGAUGAAAUUUUGAAUACAUUAACUUAUUCUUAAAGAGCUACUUAAAUUAAAAGAUAAGUUCAUAAAGAAGUGACAUCCAUUCAAUAAAAUCCAAAAUUAGAAGAUUUAUCUUCAACAAAUGAAUUUUAAUAAUAAGGAGAUAACUCUACUAAAUCAAUCUACUUAACCAAAAUUUAUAAUGAUAUAUAUUCAAAUGUUGAGGAAUAUUAUGAGAUUAAUAAUUCAAUAAUGGAAAUUCAAUCUUAAAUUCAAACCAACACUUAAAAAAUUGAAGAAACUUAAGAAACUAAAUAAGAAGAUGAAAAUUAUAUGAAGUUAUUAGCAGCUUAAAAAGAAAAUCAAAUCAUUGAAAAAUAAUUGUAAAACGCUCUUAAAACAAAUCUAUAAUAAAAACAUAUAUUAAAAUCUUUAUUAUUAUAGAUUACAGAAGAGUAAUAAUAAACAAUUAAUUAUUGGAAAUAAAGAUUUGCAGAUCUAUCUAAAUAAAUUUUAGAGAUGAAAUCAGAUCAAGAAAAAUCACAAUAAGAAUUAGUUUCAAAAGAUUUAUUGAUUGCUCAAUAAAAAACAAUAAUAGAAUCAAAUAAAUUAUCAAAAAAUUAAUCUUAAUAUACAGCAAGUGGAGAUUCUGAUCAAUCCUAUCCUAUUUCAUUUUCAUCAUCUACUAAUAAUUCUUAAAUUAAAAAAAAGGCAUCUAUAACAUAAUAAUAAGCUGAAGAUAGACCAAGAUUUACAAAUAUAUCUCACAUUAAAUAGAGAUUAUCCCCAAGAGAAAGAUCUCCUACAAGUAGCAUUUUUGGAACAUCACCUGUUAGAUCUCCUUUAAAACAUCAUUCAAUAUAUAGAAAUUUAAGUAAGAAUAACAAUAAUUAAGAUUCCAUUUCUAAAGAUGAUUCAAGAGAAUUAUCUAAAGAUUUAUCAAAUCUGAGUAUUCAUAAAAAAUCACGACUUGUAGACCCUUAGAUUACUACAAUCAAUUUAUAUGGAACUACUUACAUAAAUGUAAUAGAUUAAAAAGAAAAUAACUGA